AUGAAGACAGAGUAUUACAACUUCCUAUGUAUUGCAGUCUCUGUCCUAACUCUGCAGCUCAUCAAUGGCUCAUCCUCAUCAACACCACCACCUCCACUUCCAGAUGUUAACUCUUCAGCUUCCUGUAUUAGAACCUGUGGGGAAAUCUCUAUCCCCUUCCCUUUCGGAAUAAGCGAGAAAGACUGCUAUCUCAACAACUGGUACGAGGUUAUCUGUAACACCACUGUACCGUUCCUCUCACGGAUCAACACUGAAGUGGUGAACAUCUCUCUUCCAGACGGUAAUAAACCAUACGGAGUGGUUCACAUCAAAGGUCCCGUGACUUCAUUGGGUUGCUCUAGUCAAGAACUGGAAAAGUCAACGCAAGAUUUGAAUGUCACAGGCAAAGGAAGUCCAUAUUUUCUCACAGACCAAAACCGUCUCGUGGCGGUUGGUUGCGGUGCCAAGGCGUCUCUUACAUAUAUAAACUCAGAGAUCAUAGGUUGUGAAUCGAGCUGCCAAGACACUAAACGUAGUCAACAAGUAACAAACUCUGUUUGUGAUGGUUAUAGAUGUUGCCAGGUGAGGAUACCAUUAGACCGUCCACAAGUUAUAGGUGUCAAUAUAAAUGUCACGGGAGGAGAAGGGUGUAGAGUUGCCUUCUUGAGUAACCAGAGGUACUCACCCAUGAAUGUAACCGAACCAGAACAGUUUCAUUCUUUAGGGUAUGCUCUAGUAGAGUUAGGAUGGUACUUUGAUACUUCAGAUUCUCACUUUAAGAGUCCCUUAGGUUGUAGAAAUAUGACACGUUACAGUUCUUACUCCUCCUUUGAUAAAUGUGGUUGCGAGUAUCAGUACUUCUCUGGGAUGAGUUAUAGGAACUGUUAUUGCAACAAUGGUUACAAAGGGAACCCAUAUGUUAAACAUGGCUGCAUAGACAUAGAUGAAUGCAAAGGACACAACAGUUGUGGAGAAAGGACUUGUGUGAACUGGCCUGGAACAUAUAGCUGCGAUCCCAUUGUAAUCAAGCCACAAAAGACCUCUGUUCUUCAAGGUGUUCUUAUAGGUCUAGGAGUGUUGUUCUUCGUCCUAGGAGUCUUGGGGGCUUACAAACUUGUGAAAAAGCGAAGAAAGAUCAUUCGCAACAAGAAGUUCUUUAAACGUAAUGGAGGCUUGUUGUUGAAACAACAACUAACCACAACAAAAGACGGAAAUGUAGAGAUGUCAAGGAUCUUUACCUCAAAGGAAUUGAAGAAAGCCACUGAUAACUUCAACAUGAACAGAGUUCUUGGGAAAGGAGGUCAAGGGACUGUGUAUAAAGGAAUGCUUGUAGAUGGCCGGAUUGUUGCGGUCAAAAGAUCAAAACUUGUGGAUGAGGACAAGAUGCAAGAGUUCAUCAAUGAAGUCGCACUUCUCUCACAGAUAAACCAUAGGAACAUUGUGAAACUCUUGGGAUGCUGCUUGGAGACAGAAGUACCAAUCUUGGUUUAUAAAUAUAUUCCCAAUGGAGAUUUGUUCAAGCGACUUCAUGAUGAGUCAGAUGAUUACAACAUGACUUGGGAAGUGCGUCUUCGCAUAGCUGCGGAGAUCGCAGGAGCACUUUCAUACAUGCACUCAGCUGCAUCGUUUCCAAUAUACCAUAGAGAUAUCAAGACAACUAAUAUACUAUUAGAUGAGAAGUACAGAGCUAAAGUGUCUGAUUUUGGAACUUCAAGAUCGGUAACCGUUGAUCAAACUCACUUGACAACAUUAGUUGCAGGGACUUUUGGGUAUAUGGAUCCUGAGUACUUCUUAUCAAGCCAAUAUACUGACAAGAGUGACGUUUAUAGUUUCGGGGUUGUCUUGGUGGAGCUAAUAACUGGAGAAAAACCAUUAACUCGUGUCAGGUCUGAAGAAGGAAGAGGAUUGGCAGCUGAUUUUCUUGAAGCCAUGAAAGAAAACAGAGUGUUUGACAUCAUUGAUGUUCGAAUCAAAACCCAUGAAAGGGUUGACCAAGUAAUGGCGGUAGCAAAGCUCGCUGGAAGGUGUCUAAGCCGGAAAGGAAGGAAACGUCCAAACAUGAGAGAAGUUUCGAUUGAGCUGGAGAGGAUCCGUUCAUCACUUGAAGAAGAUUUAGAAAUCCAUAUUGAAAACGACGACGAAGAGCAAGAGGAUCAAUCACCUCAUGUAAAUCAGCUAUGAAGGAAUUGAGAGAAGGAAUGUGAGAGAGAAGACGAGUUUGUUAUGAAUCUGUAUUUCUCACAUUAAUCUUACUGUACACACUGUAUCACAGCUUAUAUUACAAAGUGUGGUUAGCUAGCUAACUUACACUGUAACUGUAUUUCUAACUGCUACUAUACACCAUUUGCUAACCUACACUAGUAGAAGAAGGAGACGGUGGCGAGAAGUAUGGCGGAGAUCUUGAUGAGAGUGGUGGGGGAUUUUGCUUUUGAGAUGAUCGCGAUUCGUGGCGAAGGGUGUUUCAUGUUGCUUGCGUUUGUAACUUUGUGACUAAGGAGCUGUUCGUUUGAUAGAGUGAAGAAGAAGAAAAAGAAAGAACGGUUCUGGUUUUGGAUUUUGAUUCAAUAACUAAACCGGAUUAUUGGUUUUGUGUUUUCACUCGCUGGUUUUUUCCAAAAAUGUUAAAACACGUCAAAAUCAAAAGAAUUUCAAGAGGAAUCACCGAUAAAGGGUAAGCUGUGUUGUUCACUCGCGUUCAAGUGAGAGUGGGGAACACUAAAA